AUGGCAUCAAGUUCAUUCGGGGCAAACAAACCUAAACCUCUCACCAUCUUCUAUGAAGAAAAUAGGAGCCCGAUGAAUGAUACAUCCCCUACUAUGAUCAGAGGUGGUAUUACCAUCGAAGUCCCCAGCCUGUUCCCUUAUAAGAAUGAUAAGGCUGUCCCAUGGAAUUAUGAGUGUAAUAUUUUGGGCACAGCUUCAUCCGCCCCCCAAGCAUCUUUUGAAGAUCUAACUGGAGUAGGGGGUAUAACGCGAAGUGGGCGAUGUUAUUCCCCUGAGAUAACAGAAAGGGUUGAAAAAGGGAAACCUGCACAGGGAGAGGGACGCCUGAAAAAAGCGGAUACCUUUUCCAAGGACCAAGUUGUCAAAUCUGUAGUUACUCCGAACAAUGAGGUCAAAAAUCCUGUUACCGAGAAAGAAGCGGGUGAAUUUCUCAAGUUUAUCAAACACAGUGAAUACAGCGUGGUAGAACAAUUAACCAAGACGCCCGCUCGCAUCUCACUGUUCUCCUUACUGUUGAAUUCGGAAGCACACAGGAACGCACUGCUCAAAGUCUUGAACCAAGCUUAUGUGGCACAAGAUAUAUCAGUGAAAAAGUUAGACCACAUCAUGGGGAACAUUACAGUGGGGAACUUCAUUGCCUUUAAUGAUGAAGAAAUACCAUCGGGUGGUCGAGGGAGUAACAAAGCCCUGCACAUUACUAUCAAAUGCAAAGACCAUGCCAUACCUAGGGUCUUGGUCGACAAUGGUUCAGCGUUAAAUGUCAUGCCUCGCUCUACUUUAACCAAGUUGCUAGUAGAUGUGUCAUAUAUGAGAACCAGUCACAUGAUUGUAAGGGCCUUCGAUGGGACCACAAGGGAGGUGGUAGGGGACAUUGAACUAUCGAUAAAAAUUAGUCCUUGCAUUUUUGAGGUCCAAUUUCAAGUCAUGGACAUUGCCCCGUCAUACAAUUGCUUGUUAGGGCGUCCAUGGAUUCAUAUGGCGGGAGCCAUACCAUCUUCCCUUCAUCAGAAAGUUAAAUUCAUAGCUGAGGGCCAACUGAUAAGUGUAUGUGCGGAGGAAGACAUAUUGGCUAUUCAACCAUCAUCUGCUCCCUAUGUAGAGGCGACAGAAGAAGUCCCAGAAUGCUCUUUCAAAUCUUUUGAAUUUGUUAAUGCUACUUAUGUGGGGGAAAAGAAAGUGAUACCAACUCCUCGUUUGUUAGUAGCAACUAAAAUGGGGGUUAAACAGAUAGUGGGUAAAGGAUGUCGUGCCGGUUUCAUUCACCUCGAAGCACCAACAAAGGUCAAUCAGGUUCUACGGAUAUUUGAUGAGCUAUCAAUCCAUAUGAUCAGAGAUGAAGAACCUAAUGAGAAAAUCCCUGUGGUGUAUCCAGUACUACUAGGAGAGGAGCUAAGCAAUUGGACAGCCACAGAAUUGCCCAUCAUCUUUAAGUCUUCCGAAAUGUCUUUAAAUAAUGAACACGAAGACAAUCUAGACAACGAUUUGAAUAUCGAUUUUGAGAUGAUUCCGAACAUUGAUGAAUUGAAAAAUGAAGAGGAGGUGGAUGACUAUAGCUUACCCCCUGAUUUGUCGAGAAUGUUGGAACAGGAAGAAAAUGAGAUUUUACCUCAUCAGGAACUCACAGAAAUGAUUAACCUCAGAAAUAGGGAAGAGAAGAAAGAGGACAUGCCAAAUCUCAAUACUGACAUUGUUGUCCACAAAUUACCUAUGGGACCAGAUUGCAAGCCUAUUAAACAGAAGUUGAGAAGGAUGAAGCCAGAAAUGUUGCUGAAGAUUAAAGAGGAAGUAAAAAAGCAAUUCGAUGCUGGAUUUUUAGAGGUGGCUAAGUACCCUGAAUGGGUGGCUAAUAUAGUUUCAGUUCCUAAGAAUGAUGGAAAAGUUUGA